CUCGCCAGCAACCUCUGCCAGCACCACCACCCGCCCAUCGCACUCGACAGCGCCCGAGCUGCCAACGCAUCCGCCUCGUCUCGCUGCCACCCGACCCCAAAGUCCUCGCCAGUCUCGACCCAUACUCAACGCCUACUCACCUUCUCACUCGUCUUCCACAUCGCCAUGCCGACGACGUCGAUCCCGAGCAGCUCGCCAGAGAUGAGCCCCAAGCUCCCUCCGUCCCCGCCGCAGGCGCAUUCUCCGCCCGCGACAAGUCUGGCCUCUUCUCCGGACCUUCGCAAGCUCACCUCCGCCACCAACCUCGCUCCAGGCCCUUCGCCCCAGAAGCAACGGUCCCUCAGCCCGCGCAACUCGAUCCACAUGGGCAGAGGAACAAGAAGCCCGAACGACAGCAGCAUCCCGAGCUCACCGACGUCCAUACACUCAUCUUCGUCUGCCAUCUUCGAGCGCGACGUCGAGCCGCUCCCGCUUCCUUCGCUGACGCCAUCCACAAAUCCGCCCGUCCAUGCCGGAGGCGCGCCCAGCCCUGUGCACGGUGGUUUCGACAAGCAAUCUAUACACGGCCCGAACCCCCAUCUCAUGCCGCGCGGAAAGGCGACGGAACAGCUCGAGCAAAGCGUGCCCAGCGUUCUCGAUCAGGCCGCGACGUUGCUGACGGCCAGUGGACCGGACGAGGAGGAUCAAAUCGCGGUCGUAACGCCGGCUACUUCGGGCAGCAUUGCUGCUAGCAUGUUGGCACCGUCCACCAGCUCUAUCCGGACAGGACCCGGUAUGCCGGAACGACAGCCCUCGCCGAUCCUCGAUACGUCGCCCGUCGCCGCCUAUAACAAGGCGUGGCAGCCGACACUGGCCCACCAUACCAGCACGUUGCAGGCCAUCGCGCAGGGCAUGGGUGAAGGCGCGAUGCUGAGCUCGCGAGGCGCUCCUCGCCGAGAGCGAAGAGUUGUCCCCCCUCCGGGCGCUGGUUUUCGGCCCCGUGGCGCGAUGCCGAUUCAGACAGCAGUGGCUCCUGCAGCGACGUCGCCGUCUACGAGUGCUAUGACUUCACCGCUGUCGGGUACUCCUCCGAUUUCUCCCUCAUCGUUCGGGAUGGCUUCGUAUCCCUCGAUUGGCCAGGCCGCCGCCGGGCACUCCACCAACUCAACUGCGACCAUGCGCGAUUUUGCGUACUCUCCCUCCAGCAUCCUCGCGGGCACGGCGUCUCGUAGCCGCUCUCCGUCACCCAUGGGUCUCCGUGCCGGUCAACGGCAGUCCCUCCUCCUCAACUUCCCGGGCAGUCCGUCAUCCACCCCGACAUCUCCUGUCUCCAAUGCCUCCCAGCCGGCCUCGCCUCCCACUCGGCCUGUCAUCCACACGCAGCAGACCAUCACGCCCAUGACUAGAGCGACCUCACAGCCCGGUUCACAAGUUGCAAGCACGCCUACAUCGGCGUACUACUCGGCUGCCAGCUCGGAAAGCGGGAGCCCGACGACGACCACGAUGGAGAACGCGCCGACGCUUCCCACACCUACACCUGCGCAAACUGGGUUUGCGGCGAGCAGUUCUCCCUUGGUUGGCUCCCGCCCGUCGAGGUCUCCUCAACGCCGCACUUCGACGCUCCUGAGCGUCUCGCCUACGUCCCCGCCGCUGACGGGCAUCCCGCCGAGCCCGAACACUAGCAAUGCGAGCAAGCGGCUCUCGUUCAUCAGUUACGCCGACCUCCUCACCUCCGCUCCCGCCAACACGCUCUCGCUCUCGCAGCUCACGCACAACGCGACGACGGAGCCUCCGCCGCACAUCCCGAGCGUCGUGAACGCGAUCGGCGUGUCGUCCCAGGGCGGGUCCGACUACGGCAGCACGGUGCCGCGGAGUGGGACCGCCAGCUCCGCGAGCUCCCUCCAUCGCCUGUCCGGCAUCAUGCCCGGCUCGAUCCCUCUUCACGGGCACGGGUUCGGCGCGUCGAGCCACGCGGCGAUGAGCAAGCGCGAGAGCGUGCUGCUCGACGACGUCGGCGGCGAGUUCGAGCGGGAGGGGUUCGGGACGGGGCUCGAGGAACGCCUGGAAGCCGUCAUCGGCGGGACGCCCCCGCUGUCGGGCAACGCGUCGGCCGUGAACGCCAAGGCGUGAAGAAAGCGCUGAAUUUUAUUGGGGAUUCAUCGGAUACGCUCUCAUUGACGAAGCUCACGACCCACGAAGGCCAUCGGUGUCACGAAGAUCUGCUUGCUCCUUACGACGACGGACUACCGUACUAGCCGUUUAAUUUUCCCGCCUUUCGCCCCUUCAAGACGGACGUGUCGUUCUGUUUUCGGUUCUGCCCCCGCCCCCCCCCCUUUUUUUUUGUUCGCGUUGUUUGUUUUACUAACGUGUCCCCUGCGGCCUACUUUACGCUUUCGUAAUUCUUGUUCUGCCGGUACCGGUGUUGGAAGGCCAUUGCUACGACGAGCCUGUCUAUUGAUGCGUUUGGUUCUUCCAGUGUUAGUGUUUGGAUAUGCAGUCAUGGUGGAUGCUCUAUGUAUGAUCGGGGC